AUGGUCAUGAUUGCUGCAAACGGCAAGACAUUGAAUGCACUCAAUAUCAGUUCAUUGUUUCCUUUGCAAAAUAUUCAACAUUUGGAUCUCAGCAACAAUGGUUUCGUACGGAGUCACAUCCCACAACUCAUUGCCUCACUUACCAACUUAAGAUAUCUCAAUCUCUCCUAUUCUCAUUUUGGUGGGAGCAUUCCUACCCAACUUGGAAGCCUUAGACAUUUAUUGUCUCUGGAUUUAAGUCACAAUUAUCUUCUCCGUGGAGAUAUCCCUUAUCAACUUGGAAGCCUUUCAAAUUUAACGUCUCUCGAUCUCAGUUAUAGUAAUCUUGAUGGUAAACUCCCUUGUCAAUUUGCAAAUCUGUCACAGUUGAGGUACCUUGAUCUUAGCGGAAAUUCCUUUUCUGGAGCACUCCCAUUCCAGGUUGGGAAUCUUCCUUUCUUGCACACUCUUAGACUUGGUGGAGAUUUUGAUGUCAAACCUAAGGAUGCAAGGUGGUUGUCUAAUCUCAGUUCCCUAACACAUCUUGCCUUCAAUGGUUUACAUAACCCUGAUUGGUUGCAAAUGAUUCAUAGUCCAAAGCUAAGAGAGUUGAGCAACAAUAAAUUGUCAGGGAAGAUUCCUGUGUCCACGGGCAGCCUCGUUAAAUUGGAAGUCUUGGUUUUACGAGACAAUAACCUAAUGGGUGAAUUAGCUUCCACUUUGAAGAAUUGCAGCAAUUUAAUUAUGUUGGAUGUGGCUGAAAAUAUGUUUUCUGGCCCAAUACCAUCAUGGAUAGGAGAAAAAUCCAUUCUCGGAUUGAACAAUAGCACAGAAAUAAAGUGCAUUGAGAGGGAGAGACAGGCACUCCUCAACUUCAAACAUGGCCUCAUAGAUGACUAUGGCGUGCUGUCUACAUGGAGCGAUGAAGACAACAGUCGAGAUUGUUGCAAAUGGAAAGGCAUUCAAUGCGACCAUCAAACAGGUCAUGUAAGCUUCCUUCGUCUCCGUGGUUCGGAUACACAAUAUUUGAGAGGUGCACUCAAUAUCACUUUAUUGUUUGCCUUGCAAAAUAUUCAACAUUUGGAUCUCAGCUACAAUCUUUUUGAAUGGAAGGAGAUCCCACAACUCAUGGGCUCAUUAACCAACUUAAGAUAUCUCAAUCUCUCCUAUUCUCAUUUUGGUGAGAGCAUUCCUACCCAACUUGGAAGCCUUACACAUUUAUUGUCUCUGGAUUUAAGUCACAAUUAUCUUCUCCGUGGAGAUAUCCCUUAUCAACUUGGAAGCCUUUCAAAUUUAACGUCUCUCGAUCUCAGUUAUAGUAAUCUUGAUGGUAAACUCCCUUGUCAAUUUGCAAAUCUGUCACAGUUGAGGUACCUUGAUCUUAGAGGAAAUUCCUUUUCUGGAGCACUCCCAUUCCAGGUUGGGAAUCUUCCUUUCUUGCACACUCUUAGACUUGGUGGAGAUUUUGAUGUCAAACCUAAGGAUGCAAGGUGGUUGUCUAAUCUCAGUUCCCUAACACAUCUUGCCCUCAAUGGUUUACAUAACCCUGACGCGUUGCAAUUGAUGAUUCAUAGUCCAAUGCUGAGAGAGUUGAGGCUAGUUGACUGUUCUCUUUCAGAUCCCCAUAUUCAUUCUCUGUUUUAUUCACCUUCCAACUUUUCCAAUUCUCUUACCAUCCUUGACCUUUCUGAUAAUAUGCUCACAUCCUCAACAUUUCAAUUACUGUCUAACUUUAGCCUUAAUCUUCAAGAGCUUUAUCUUUCUCAAAAUAACAUUGUUUUCUCAUCUCCUGUCUUCUCAACCUUUCCUUCUCUUGUGACCCUUGACCUUUCCUAUAAUAAUAUGACAUCAUCAGUCUUUCAAGGUAGUUUCAACUUCAGUUCAAAACUUCAAAAUCUUUAUUUGUCAAGUUGUGGUCUAAGUGAUGAUAACUUUCUCAUCUCAGCUAUUUCAAUUACGAAUUCUUCAUCUUCUCUUGCCUCGCUUGAUCUCUCCUCAAAUCUGUUGAAAUCAUCAUCCAUAUUUUACUGGCUCUUCAACUCCACUACCAAUCUUCGUACACUUCAACUUUAUGAUAACAUGUUGGAAGGUCCCAUUCCUGAUGGAUUUGGGAAAGCAAUGAACUCUCUUGAAGUUCUUUACCUCUCUCGUAACAAACUGCAAGGUGUGAUUCCAUCUUUCUUUGGGAACAUCUGCACAUUGCGGAAUUUAGACCUCUCAAGUAACAAAUUGAGUGGGAAUAUUUCUAUCUUUUUUCAGAAUUCAUCAUGGUGCAACAGACAAGUGUUUCAGAAUUUGGAUUUAUCCCAUAACAACAUUACAGGCGCGAUACCUAAAAGCAUUGGAUUGCUAUCUGAGUUGGAGUACUUGUCAUUGGAUGGAAAUUGCUUGGAGGGUGACGUCACUGAAUCCCAUCUUUCCAGUUUUUCCAAAUUAAGGUACUUAUUUUUGUCAAAUAACUCAUUGUCUGUAAAAUUUGUCCCUACUUGGGUUCCACCUUUCCAGUUACAAAAUUUGGGACUAAGAUCUUGCAAGUUGGGUCCUAGUUUUCCUAGUUGGCUCCAUACUCAAAGUUCGUUAAGUGACCUCGAUAUUUCCGACAAUGGGCUUAAUUACGUACCGGAUUGGGUUUGGGACAACUUGCAAAAUAUGAGAACAUUGAAUAUGUCUCACAACAAUCUCAGUGGUCCGAUUCCUAAUAUAUCAUUGAAGCUUCACUAUGCACCAUCGGUAAUUCUAAAUUCAAAUCAGUUUGAAGGCAAAAUUCCAUCGUUUUUACUACAAGCUUCAAAAUUGAGGCUUUCUAACAAUAAAUUCUCAGAUCUGUUUUCAUUCAUAUGUAACCAAGGCAACUCCGAAAUGUGGAUUUUAGAUUUGUCAAACAAUCAACUGAAGGGACAGCUCCCUGACUGUUGGACAUCUGUAGAUCGGUUACGGUAUCUUGAUUUAAGCAACAAUAAAUUGUCAGGGAGGAUUCCUUUGUCUAUGGGCAGCCUUGUUGAAUUGAAAGUCUUGGUUUUACGAAACAAUAACCUGACAGGUGAAUUAGCUUCGACCUUGAAGAAUUGCAGCAAUUUAAUUAUGUUGGAUGUGGCUAAAAAUAUGUUGUCCGGCCCCAUACCAUCAUGGAUCGGAGAAAGUAUGCAACAGUUGAUAAUCUUGAACAUGCGAGAGAAUCACUUUUCUGGAAAUCUUCCCAUUGAACUCUGUUAUUUGAAGUAUAUUCAAUUAUUGGAUCUUUCGAAUAAUAUGUUAUCAAAAGGAAUUCCAUCAUGCUUAAAGGAAUUGACUGCCAUGUCUAAAAAGGGCAUCGACACACCUGUCACUCUAAAUCGUAUGUAUUUCAUAUAUAUCCCUUAUAGUAAAAUUUAUGACAAUAUUUAUGGGGAAGAGUAUCCCUUUACCAUAAGCUUGAUAUGGAAAGGUGUGGAACAGAGGUUCAAGAAUCCAGAGUUAAUUAAGGGCAUUGAUCUUUCAAGUAAUAAGUUAACGGGUGAAAUACCAAAAGAGAUUGGAUAUUUGGCUGGGUUAGUUUAUUUGAACUUAUCAAGAAAUAAUCUGAGUGGAAAAAUUCCUUCAGAGAUAGGAAAUUUAAGUUCACUGGAAUCCCUUGACUUAUCAAGAAAUCAAAUCAGUGGAGGAAUUCCUCUUCCUCUAUCCGAAAUUGACUAUCUAGGCAAAUUAGACUUGUCACACAAUUUUCUUUCUGGAAGGAUCCCAUCAGGAAGACAUUUUGAAACCUUCGAUGCAUCUAGUUUUGAAGGAAAUAUGUACCUUUGUGGUGAGCAACUUAACAAAAGUUGUUAUGGAGACGGAGAUCAAACAACAGGAAAACUUUCGGAAGCCGAAGCAAUAAAUGAUGAAGAUAGUGUUUUCUAUGAGGCAUUGUACAUGAGCAUGGGGAUUGGAUACUUCACUGGAUUUUGGGGCUUAUUAGGACCAAUACUACUUUGGAGUUCUUGGAAAAAUGCUUAUCUGGACUUCUUAAACAGAUUGACAAUCGGUAUGUAUGAACAAUGUGGCAAGUGUAGGUGA